GACAGCAGCUGUAUUAGCUUGUUAGCAAGCUAGUGUAGCAGCAGCGGUGGGACUUUUUGUUGAUCUCUUCUACUAACCUAGAUUCUUCGCAGAGGUAUUGUCCAAUGAGCUCGAAAGUGGACAUUCAAGUGAAGAUUCACAACUGAGACAUAAAGAGGAGUCAUUUCUUUGUGAUUGUGCUUCGUCUUCCUUCGUUCUGGUUUAUUCCUCAGUGCGCGGCCCCAUUGUGGAUCCCCAGCUUCCGAGGGCGGCGGGGGAGGGAGAGGCAGCCUGAGGCAGAGGCAGCCUGAGGCAGAGGCAGCCUGAGGCAGAGGCAGCCUGAGGCAGAGGCAGCCUGAGGCAGAGGCAGCCUGAGGCAGAGGCAGCCUGAGGCAGAGCCCAGGGGGCUCCAUGAGUAGGACAGGGUACCAGCAGCAGGGGGGGGUGCUGCGGUGGCGGCGAGCCCCAGCCCAGGACAGGGCCACUGGGCAAGGCAGAGGCGUGGAGGCGGCUUGCUGGCUACCACCCGGAGCUCUGCGCCGGCUCAUCGAGCUCCCCGCUCCACCGCUGUCCAAACACCAGCUGAAGAGGCUGGAGGAGCACAGGUACAGCAGUUCUGGCUGCUCUCUCCUGGAGCCCCUGAUGCAGCGCUACUGGGAGUGGCUGGUGGGCCGCGUCCCUGCCUGGAUCGCCCCCAACCUCAUCACCAUCGUGGGCCUGGCCACCAACGUCUUCACCACCCUGGUGCUGGUCUACUACUGCCCCACCGCUACUGAGCAGGCACCUCUGUGGGCAUACCUGCUGUGUGCGGUGGGCCUGUUUGUGUACCAAUCACUGGACGCCAUCGACGGAAAGCAGGCCAGACGAACCAAUAGCAGCUCCCCGCUGGGCGAGCUAUUCGAUCACGGCUGUGACUCUCUUUCCACGGUGUUUGUGGUUCUGGGUACGAGCAUCGCCGUGCAGCUGGGAACCAACCCCGACUGGAUGUUCUUCUGCUGCUUCGCUGGCAUGUUCAUGUUCUACUGCGCCCACUGGCAGACGUACGUCUCUGGAACCCUGCGCUUUGGCAUCAUUGAUGUGACCGAGGUGCAGAUCUUCAUCAUAAUCAUGUAUUUGCUGGCUGCCGUGGGUGGAUCCACGUUUUGGCAGCUUCUGAUUCCUGUCAUCAACAUCCAGAUGAAGAUCGUUCCUGCCAUCUGCACCUUCAUAGGAGCCAUGUUUUCCUGUACAAACUACUUCCGUGUUAUCUUCACUGGAGGUGUGGGGAAAAAUGGAUCGACGAUAGCAGGAACCAGUGUUCUGUCUCCCGUGUUCCACAUCGGCUCAGUAAUAGUGCUGGCGAUGAUGAUUUACAAGAAGUCUGCCGUUCAGCUCUUCCAGAAGCACCCCUGUCUUUAUAUUCUUGCCUUUGGCUUUGUGUCAGCCAAGAUCACCAAUAAAUUAGUUGUAGCACAUAUGACAAAAAGUGAGAUGCAUCUCCAUGAUAUAGCAUUCCUGGGGCCUGGCCUGCUGUUCCUGGAUCAGUAUUUCAACAGUUUUAUUGAUGAAUACACGGUGCUGUGGAUUGCACUGAUCCUGUCUUUCUUUGACUUGGUGCGUUACUGUGUCAGUGUUUGCAACCAGAUUGCCUCCCACCUUCACAUUUUUGUUUUCAAACUCAAGCCUCUGACUCCACCUCCCUGCCAGUGACGAUCAAGCCUCUGACUCCACCUCCCUGCCAGUGACGAUCAAGCCUCUGACUCCACCUCCCUGCCAGUGACGAUCAAGCCUCUGACUCCACCUCCCUGCCAGUGACGAUCAAGCCUCUGACUCCACCUCCCUGCCAGUGACGAUCAAGCCUCUGACUCCACCUCCCUGCCAGUGACGAUCAAGCCUCUGACUCCACCUCCCUGCCAGUGACAAUCAAGCCUCUGACUCCACCUCCCUGCCAGUGACGAUCAAGCCUCUGACUCCACCUCCCUGCCAGUGACGAUCAAGCCUCUGACUCCACCUCCCUGCCAGUGACAAUCAAGCCUCUGACUCCACCUCCCUGCCAGUGACGAUCAAGCCUCUGACUCCACCUCCCUGCCAGUGACGAUCAAGCCUCUGACUCCACCUCCCUGCCAGUGACGAUCAAGCCUCUGACUCCACCUCCCUGCCAGUGACGAUCCAAACACCCCGACUCCCUUCUACUGGCCUCCUGCAGAUGCUUCACAUGUCUUCACCCUCUGGUGGUAUUUACCGAGCAAUACAAGUGACGUACCGUCUCCGGCACAGGCUCAUGUGGACGAACAGACGAUGGAUCUUGUCCCCUUUAUCAAUUGAGUUCAAUUAAGUUCUUUUAUUAAUCAUUGCAGAAUCGUGUGUAGCCCAAUCUGUGUUGCCGUCGUCUUGAUUGCCGGGCAACAGGAAAGCGUUUCUUCCUGAAAUCUAUGGCUACUUUUCAUAUAUGCUGUUCUCUUGAUGAGAAAUGAAAAUAGAUUUCAGGAUUGCAGUGGGAUUGAGAAUAGGUGGUACUGUACCUUGUUAAUUUAAUAGUUAUUUAACUGGACAAAAACAAAAAUAUGUAAUUUAUCUUAAAGGAAAUGUACAUGAAUAGUUUGAAAGGCUUUGCUUUCAAUUGAUGUUUUUUCUUCUUUUUUUGGGGGGGGGGGGGGGUAAAUAUAUAUACUAUAUAAUUUAGCAAUAUUUGCAUAACCUUACUUGUUGCCAUCGUAAAUUAACAAACUGUUAAAAGUGUUGAUUGGGCAGUUUCUGUUGAUUCAUAUUUGCUGCUUUGGCAUCAUCAGUCCCACGUACAUUACUGUAUGUGUAUACUUGAAAAAGUCUGUCAUUUUAAUUUCAGACCGUCUUUCAUCUAUAAUAUUGCACAUUUAAAAAUGUUGGAGCACUGACCUCCCUGAUAUAUAAUGCGCACACUGAUUGUUGGGCCACUAACUUUAUUAUUAUUCUACUAAACUUGAUGUUAUACAGCACUAUAUGCAGGGUUGCUUAGCUGCUUUUCUGUAUGUUAAACAUUGCUGCUUAGAUUUGUUUUAUGUAGUAAUGCUAUUUAUAGCUGCACUAUAAGCAAAAUCAUUUAUGUUAGUAAACAUUUGUUUUCUGACUUUUGUAUCUUUGAGCCUGUUUUAAUUUUUCCUGUUAAGCUAAUUUCCUCCAUGAGAACAAAAUUACGUUAAUGACUUAUUAAAAAUUAUGAAUUAUUAGCUUUAAAAAAAGGUCACAUAUUGUAAUUAAGAUGUUUGUCUGCACUGCGUGAUGCUGUAAAGCAGAUUAUUUGCUAGUGUUUAUUGGUGUGCCUGAUAAGAACCUAACAAAUGGCUAUACAUUUUACAAACGUAAGUCUCCAGACCCAUUCAUUGAUAUUUUCUGUCAAAGUUCUAGUUUUUAAGAAGAACAUAGAUAUAGACAAUCACAUGUAUUCAAGAGUAGUUUGGGUUCUUGUAUAAUUUUUCUGAUGGUUGUAUCAUGUCUACAGAAAAUGUGCAUUUUGCCCUCUGCCAGGACAGUGGAGCUACUGAACUGGACAAAUGUAUGAGGGUACAACAUAUGAACAAUGACGUGCGCUUCGCUUAAACCCUCACUUCAUCUGUUUUACAGUAAAGUCCUUUACAUUGACAAUGUUGCAAUGUUGCUUAUGUUUUGAGUUCACAUAGCCCCCAAUAUAAUAUAUGUACUGGUUCUGUUGUCAGAUCAGUUGUCUUGUCAUUCUAUAACUGGUCAAAGUUGCCUUAAAGUUUUUUGUUUUUACUGUAUAAUGGUCAUACCUUUUCAUAGCUAUUUGGUAUCUGUCCUGUACAGGCUUGUAUUUUAUUCCGUCCUUGUUACUUUUGGCCUCAGUCAAGCUCAGGUAUAAAACGUGUUUUCCGAAGGCAUAAACAGAUCACUUGACAAUCUUUCCUUCAACUACCAAUGCAAAUAAAUAUUGUUCUAACGAGGAAA